AUGUUCAGAUCCAGAGAGUCCAAACUCUCCAAUGCAAUCUCUAUUGUGGAGCUAAGGGUACACAUGGACUGCGACGGCUGCCAGAAGCGGAUCCGCAGAGCAAUCUCCAAACUGAGCGAUGCAGGAGUGGAUAGCUUGGAGAUCGACAUGGAGAAGCAGAAGGUGACGGUGACUGGCCACGUGGAGCAGCGGAAGGUGCUGAAAGUGGUGAGGAGAACGGGAAGGAGGGCCGAAUUCUGGCCGUUUCCUUACGACGGCGAGUACUACCCUUAUGCUGCCACGUACUUGGAAGAAUCGAAUUACCGGACGUCGCACAACUACUACAGCCAUGGCUUCAACGAACCAGUACAUGGCUACUUCCCUGACCCGGCCUAUUCCACCGUCGCCGAUCAAACCGUCCACCUCUUCAGCGAAGACAACGUCCAUUCCUACUGCUCCGUCAUGUAA